GUUACCUAUUUCGUGUUAGCUGCGCUUGCAAAUCAGGUAAUCAUAAAUAAUUAGAAAAUACCCGCCCCUUCCACCUAAUAGGCCCAAUGAAUAUUAAGGCGGUGCGCCAGUCGGACCAGUUUUACCCAUAUCUGCAGAACCAAUGACCUGAGAUGAAAAAGCCGACAAAGCGUCAACUUCCCAGGGCUCAGCUGGCCGGCGGACGCAAUUUUCCUCUCUCAUUGUACGGAUCCGGCCCACCGGUCAAAGCACUCAGCUGCUCAUACAAAAGCCGGUUUCCAGGUAUGCCAAGCACAUGUAAGUCGGACGCCUUAUAUUCCCUUUAAUAAUUGUUGAGACAGUAGGACACCUGAUCGAGGGAACAUUAUGGUGCAAUGGGCCGAGCUAAAAUUCCCCCUCCCGUUAUGGAGCCGGGCGUACUUCUACGGGGCACACGGUGUGCUGAACGAAGUGGUGUUCACCGCUUUGUUAAAUCUGGUCACCACUGGCGGCCUGCGCCUGUACGGGACCACCUCUCUGUGGAUGUUCAUCAGCUACGGACUGUGCGGCACCUUCGUCACCGAGAAGAUAUUCGCGGAGCUGUACACCCGGCGCCGACACAUCCCCGUCCUCCUACGGGCAUGCUGCUACGUGCCGGCCGUCUACGCAUGGGAGCUGCUACUGGGACUGCUGCUACGGACAUUUGACGCCUGUCCCUGGGACUAUAGUGACUAUCGCUACCAUUUCCUCGGUCUCGUAACGCUAGAAUACCUUCCUCUUUGGUACAUGCUGGGCCUGUAUCAGGACCAUCUUUUCCGCUAUCUACUCUGCAUACAAAAGAAGGGCCCGGGCGAGGCAGGUACUAAAAACACGGACAAAUCGAUAGAAACCAACAAUGCCGCCGCGAAAGUGGUGGCCGGCGAGGAGCCCUUGCCUCCGUGGAUACGGUUUUGUUUCUACGGCAUGCACGGCUUCCUGGAUGAAGUGGUCUUCACCAUGCUGUACGAUUGCGUCACCAAAGCUCCUGACGCGCGGCUGAUGGGCUAUAGCUCCAUCUGGUCAUUUCUCAUCUACGGGAGCUGCCGCAUCAUGGUGGAGCGGCUGGGAUACGUGUAUCUGUAUCUCCAAUGCGGCGUGCCUACCCGUUAUCGAGUCGCCCUAUAUCUCAUCAUCGCUUAUACGUGGGAGUUCGUGGCCGGCCUCAUCCUCCGCCAAUUUGGAGCUUGCUCGUGGGACUAUAGCCAUUAUCGCUUCAACGUCAUGGGACUGAUAACACUGGAAUAUGCACCGGGGUGGCUAAUACUAGGUCUGUACCAAGACGUCAUGGCCAGUUAUCUUUUGAGCCUCCGCGUUCGAAAGGAAAAGCACAUUAGUAUUGAAUAAGGCUUCCAUGCCAUGUAUGUAGAUUAUAUCGUUAUGUGGUAUUUUUAGAAUGUCUCACGCGUAUGAUUGGUAAAUGCAGUCCAAGUUUUAUGGCAAUAUUAUAUCACUUUGGAGAGUGGAAAGGAAAUGGUUUCCUUAUUAAGGAAAAGUUAUGCUCCAAGCGGCACGAAAGCGGCAUACAUAAUGUAUGGUUUCAAGCGCGGCCCUAAAAGGCCUGUCCAUUUCAUUCAUAUUGAAUGGCUUGACUAUUCUAGGAAACAUUUAGCUCAGCAAGCACCCAGGUGUCGACAGAUUGAUUACUUUGUAUGUCACGCGAUUUCAGCGAUCAGAAAUGUUUGAAAAAGGCACAUCGCGGUCACUGUGGCAAACAUUGGAAAAAUGGCAUGACGACGGCAGCGAAUUUGUGACUUAAGUUCACAAAUUUUGUCUGUUUUUAUACGCACAAACGUAGAGCUGUGUAUCAAAGAUCUUCCUUAGCUAAGUAGACACCGGGAAACCGAAUUGAAGAACCGUUGAGUAAGAAAUCCUGUAGGGACUGUUGAAGUGAAUACCUCAAUAGAAUAUCAAUAUACAAACUCCAAGUAGUGAAGUAGGUACAGGGUAAUUCUAAAGCACACAAGUCAUUCCAGGGUUUAGUUAAGAAAAUAAACUCGCGGAAGCCACUGUAUAUAUAUAGAGAGAGAGGGAGAGAGAGAGAUCUAGUCUGGGGAAAGAUUGUCAAUGGUUGCCUAUUAUCAAUGGGCAUACUUGCAUCUCAUUGAGGUAACGAUGAGCAUUGUAUUUAGCAAUCCGUGUUAAUAACUUGAUGUAUAGAUAAUAUUAGAAAAUAAUCCAUAGAGUAGAAAACUGCUUAGGUAUCCAAGCAACCUAUAUCCUACUUAUCAGCAAUGUGUGACGUGACUGUGUUUGUUUGUGGAGUGAAUAUUUCCUCGUUGUUUGUUGUGAAUGUUCAUUAACAUAUCUUUUUAACGUGCAGAAAAAAUACUGCAAUAUCCAAUAGGGAAAGUGCACAUUCUGAGUACCCACUACGAUGCGUUGAUUAAGAUGCUGCUAUCCAGUCAUGUGUAACAUGUAGUUAGCUAACUUACAUAAUAAUCCGGAUCCAUACAUAUAAUAAUUUCGUGAGACAAAAAAAGGAUGACAAUGUCAUCCAGACAUUCCAUGGAGAUGAAUAGAGUGACUACAGAAUUCAUAUGGUGCUCGAUAUGAUGAUAGCUGACAUGGAUGAUCCGGGUAUCAAUAACAAAGUGAUGAUGUAGGUAACGUUAGAGACAUUGUAAAAGUAUGAUAGAUAGAAUAAAGAUGUUUCAUGCAAUAAAAAGAUUGAAGCUUGAA